AAAACAUUAUUGACAUCCACCUGCGAGAGUUCACAUCUCGCCUCAACUUCCACCUUCUUGAUUAGGAGGGCCGUGGCUCAUCCUGGAGCGUUAACGGACCAUGUCUGCUCGACUAUCCCCCGGAGGGGCUCUCCUGAGAUCAUCUCGCAUGUUCUCAAUCCCCAACCCUAUACCCGCACCAACCUCAGGAGACGUUCGCCAUCAAUUGGGCACAUUGGCUUUUCCGACCCAUCUGUCCAUCACCACGCCGGAGAGCUCAAGAGCUCGUGGUGACUGGGGAUUGAAGCGCCCACUUCCCUUGCGAUGGACGGCGAAGACAUCGACUCCUUCCAUUCGGGUCAAGCACAUUGAUUCCAUAGAGAAUGUGACCGACUACGCAUCGUCCUCCGAGCAUAGCCUGACGCUUCAGAAGUUUCACGAACUCAAUCUGCCAAUCACGGUUCCUGCACUUCCGAAUCGGUACCGCAUGAUCUCUCAAGCCGUGACAUCCGUUUUCGAAGAAGACAGCGACUUCAUCGCACCGGAAUCUGCGCAAGGCGCCUCUGGUGCCGACAAGAGGUGGAGGUUCCAAGGCCCAUGGCUGGCUGGCAUGACCGAGGGCGAAUUCAACAAAUACUUGAGAACAACGGUCCGGAACAAGCGACAAGAGUUCCGUGACUUCUUAAAAGCGCGCUUGGCCUCCGAAAUUACUGCGUCGCAGCAACAGGAGGCCCUAGACAAAGCAGCUGACCCGCCGACACCGGUUCAGCCCCGCGACAUCACGGAUGAGCAAUUCAGUCAGUAUGUGCGGAGACUGCGAGCUGAUCGAGUCACCCUUUUCGCGGUGGUGAGCGAGUUUCUCGACUUGGCCCCCCUCAAUCCCCCCAGCGCGAUCGCCAACAUGUCGAUCGGCGCCCGCAUCGAGUCCAAGUCGCCCAACCCUUACGCGGAGCGUGGACCGCCCGUUACUCACCCUUCAGCUGGCCUCUCGUACCUGCGCUCCAACGCCCAUGCUGAAAACCACCCUCUCUACGGACCUCAAGCCCACCCUUCGCCUGUGCUGGCUAGAAUUAUUUCACCCAGGAUGAUGUCGGCUCCCGCGAAGCUCGGCGUCGCAGGUUUCAUCACGGACACUCCCCAGGGCGAUUCGGCUCUCAACCGCAAAACGUACCGCAGUGGCAGGGCCCGAGUGCCUGGCAUUUCCACAUUUGAUGCCGAGAUUGAGGGUGGUGCCAAGUGCUACGUCGAGCCCCGCUCUGCCAAUGUCAACUCUGCAGGCAAAGUCAUCAUCAAAGUCAAUGAUGCGAACGAGGAGGCGCAGGUAAUAUUGAAGGAAACAAUUGGAAAGGCCGAAAUCUACAACGCUGCGCCGAAGACUGAGGAGUUUCAACUGCGAGCGUCAACUCAGCCACUAGCCCACGAAUACCAAACCCAGCGUGGUUGGGGCUCCAGGGGCUCUCAUAACAGGAACGCACAUGCCUCGGAGGUAUUCGUGAGUGGUAGCUCACAGACGUAUGGACUCGACAGGUGAGCAGCAACCGGGCAUAUGCGUAUGUCUCAGCACAAUGUACAGGCAUGGUCCAGGCUGGUCAUUCGUGGAGGCCUUUCUUGAACCCUGUCAGGAUCACAUUUAUUCUUGUACACUUGUAUAUCUUGUCUGUAACAUAAGGUACCUUAGAAAACAAAAGACACGUCUCGACGGUUAUCACUACUGCUCAGUUUUGGCGAGAGGUGUGUGCUAGUUAAUAAGAGUGUUCAGUAAUCAUACGGGGAGCGUGGGUACAUUGUUCUGUCGAACAGACGACAGUCUUUUCGGUUACGUAAUGGGCCGGAUUACCAAGAGUACAAUCCGGGUGGACGCUUAUAGAAUCUGCACUAUAUAAAAUACGGUGGCAGCGUUUAUCGCACGUCAAAUAGGC